UUUAGAUUCUGGAUCUGAGGCGCUGUUUUUUACGUUUGUACGUUUUAUUAUGCAAAUAAAAGAAAAAACAUGAAUUAAAAUCAUGAGUUACUUCCUAAAUAAAUGUAAUUAAAGUGUGAUGAAUCGUCUUAAGUGAAAUCAAACGUAGAAUUGGAACGUAAGCUUGGUUAUGUGCGUAAUUUUCAUUCGCCGGUAAAGUUAAGUUUUAUCGUCGAAAAUGACUGAGACAUCGUGUUAUAUCCUCGACAAUGGAGCCUACACGGCGAAGGUCGGCUUCUCCUCUAUGGAGCCGAAGAUUGUCCCCAACUGCAUCAUGAAAGCUAAGUCCGAAAGACGUCGCCCCUUCAUAGGCUCCCAAAUAGACGAAUGCCGAGACGCCUCGGGUCUAUUUUACAUCUUACCGUUUACUAAAGGGUUUCUAGUCAACUGGGACACCCAGAAGACAGUCUGGGACUAUAUGUUCAGCAAGGAAUGCAGUCCGGUCAACUUCAAUGAGACACCUCUCAUCCUAACGGAACCGUUGUACAACUUUUCUUCGAUACAAGAGGCUAUGACUGAAAUUUUCUUUGAAGAAUACGAAUGUCAGUCGUUAUUGCGUAUCAACGCAACGGAUUUGGCCGAGUAUAACUACAGGAAGACUCAUAAUAACGAAUGUACGGUUGUUGUCGACUGCGGAUACAGUUUUACAUAUAUUGUACCAUAUAUUAAAGGAAAGAAAUAUAGAGAUGCUAUAAGACGGAUAGAUGUUGGUGGGAAGGUACUAACCAACCAUUUGAAGGAGAUAUUGUCAUAUAGGCAACUAAAUGUGAUGGAUGAAACAUAUGUAAUUAAUCAAGUUAAAGAAGAUUCUUGCUUCGUAUCUCAGGAUUUCAUGGGGGACAUGGAAAUAGCAAAAAAGAAAGCCCCAUAUAACACAAUAGUCCGCGACUACGUGCUACCAGACUACACAACAAUCCGUCGUGGCUACCUGCGAGACAUCGUCAAACCGGAUGAAGACCUCGAGCAACAGACACUACGUCUCAACAAUGAACGGUUCACCAUCCCAGAGCUGCUCUUCCAUCCUUCAGACGUCGGAAUCCCACAGAUGGGCAUCCCAGAAGCCAUAAUCCACAGCAUAAACUUAUGUCCCAAUGAACACACGGAAAGUCUUUUAGCGAACAUCGUCUUAUGCGGUGGAAGCACUAUGUUCCCAGGGUUUCGUGACCGGGCAUAUAAUGAGACCCGUUCAUUAGCCUUAGACCAUUUCGAUGUAAACGUAACAUUGCCCGAAAACCCAGUAACAUAUGCUUGGGAAGGCGGCAAGAAGUUAUUCAGAGAUCCAGAUUUUUAUUCCUUCUGUAUGACUAAAGAAGAGUAUGAGGAGGAGGGGAAGGGUCUAGCGUACGAGAGAUUUGACAUAUAACGGCGGAAACGAGCGAGGAGAUAUUCGCAGUAAGCGAAGGCCUUGCUCGUAAAACUUGGAGCGUGCUAGAAGGAUUCAGACUGAUAGACAAGUAGAAAGAGAAGGAAGAUAUCUUUAACCACAAAGCUGAGGGUGCACUGAAGAAAAUAGACCAAUUUCGCUGCAGGAGCCGCACGCACCAAAGUCAUCGCAUCUUAUAAAUCGUUGUAUGAAAUCGUAUCCGCGCCGCGUGACCGGCAUUUUGCCGCGUAAUGCGAUGGCUUCGGCGCGUCUAGUAGGGCUAACAUGCGCAAUGUCAUAAAAUUAUCGAUCAAUUCAAUCAUUUUUGUCGUAAUCGAUAAGUUUGUUUUCCCCCUAACAUGCGUGACACGUGAUUUUGUUUGUAUUUUGACAGAACGACAUAACUUAAUUGGGUUCACAUAUAGCACAAAACGGCAUGUUAGACACCAGUAGGUGUCAGUUCACCGUUAAUUGGCCUCAUGCAGUAGAACCGUAGCUGUAAUAUCUUUAGGUCAUUUUUGCUUUUACUUUUUGGUUCAACUUGU